GUGGCUAUAGAGCAGAGCUGAGCCGCCACAACCGUCAGUCCGGUGCGGCAACAGCAGGAGACAACAUCAGCAUGGCUGUGGAGAUGGAACCCGCGGAUGUGAUCCGCCUGAUAAUGCAGUACCUCAAGGAGAACAACCUCUACCGAACAUUGACCACAUUACAGGAGGAAACCACUGUCUCCCUCAACACAGUGGAAAGCAUUGAAAGCUUUAUUGCAGAUAUAAACAAAGGCCACUGGGAUUCAGUCCUGCUGGCUAUCGAAUCUCUCAAGCUGCCUGACAACAUACUUAUUGACCUUUAUGAGCAGGUUGUAAUGGAGCUCAUUGAAAUGAGGGAGGUGGGCGCAGCUCGCUCGCUCCUUAGACAAACUGACCCGAUGAUCAUGUUAAAGCAGACCCAGCCAGAAAGGUACAGCCACUUGGAGAACCUGCUAACAUGCUCCUACUUUGACCCUCGUGAGGCAUACCCAAAAGGAAGCAGCAAGGAGAAGCGGCGCAGAGCCAUAGCUGAGGCUCUGGUGAGGGAGGUCAGUGUGGUGCCCCCUUCCCGCCUCAUAGGACUCCUGGAACAAGUCAGUUCUAUGAGAAUACAUACAGAUCAUCUUUCCCCUGAUAUGACCAUUGAUACCACUGCCAGUAAGGAGAGAUAUGUGGAGAAAGAGAGCUUUCCAAACCAGCUGUACCGCCACAUCAAGUUUGGUCGGCGGUCACAUGUGGAAUGUGCCCGUUUCUCACCUGAUGGAAAGUAUUUAAUUACGGGGUCAGUAGAUGGGUUCAUUGAGGUCUGGAACUUCAACAGUGGAAAAAUUAGCAAGGACUUAAAGUAUCAGGCCCAGGACAGCUUCAUGAUGAUGGAUGAUGCUGUGCUGUGUAUGUGCUUCAGUCAGGAUACAGAUCUACUGGCUACAGGAGCUCAGAAUGGCAAAAUAAAGGUGUGGAAGAUCCAGAGCGGCUUGUGUCUUCGUAGGUUUGAGCACGCUCAUAACAAAGGUGUGACUUGUCUGGGCUUCUCCAAAGACAACAACCAGAUCCUCAGUGCCUCCUUCGACCACACCAUCAGAAUCCACGAACUGAGGUCAGGCAAGACACUAAAGGAGUUAAACGGCCAUUCAUCAUUUGUAAACGAUGCCUUCUUCACUCAAGAGGGAUUUCACAUGGUCAGCGCCUCAUCAGAUGGCACCGUGAAGAUUUGGAACACAAAGUCCUGUGACUGCGUCCACACUUUCAAAUGUCUGUCGAGGACACCGGAUGUCCCCGUCAACAACGUGAUCCCUCUCCCCCAAAAUCCAGAGCACUUUGUGGUUUGCAACCACUCCAACGCUGUGGUCAUCAUGAGCAUGCGUGGCCAGACUGUGAAGACCUUCAGCUCAGACAGAAAAGGAGCAGACUUUGUGUGUUGCACCCUGUCACCCCGCGGGGAGUGGAUUUACUGUGUGGGGGAGGACUUAGUGCUCUACUGCUUCAGCUAUACAACAGGAAGGCUGGAGAAAAUGCUGACUGUUCACGAGAAAGAUGUAAUUGGCAUCACUCACCACCCGCAUGAGAAUCUGAUCGCCACUUACAGUGAGGACGGCCUGCUAAGGCUAUGGAAGCCUUAAAGUGUCACCUGCAUCAUAAUAUGGAG